ACAAAGAAGGCAGAGUGGUUAACUGUUCAAUACAAUGGAAUUGAUGGGCAUUUUGGAACCAGGUGAUGCACCUAAAGAACUGAUGUGGUAUGCUUUUGUACCUGGUGGAACUGCUCCAAGUCCACGAGUUGGUCAGACAUGUAUGUAUUUACCUGCUUAUCAAGAAGGUGGGAAAGGAAGAAUAGUUAUUAUUGGUGGAGCUGAUCCUGGAUGCUGCUUCUCUGAUGCUCACAUCAUAAAUCUAGAUACUUAUGAAUGGGAUAUCCCGAACUGGGAGGGUAUGUUGCCACGUUAUGAACAUGCUAGCUUUAUCUCGACUGGAAAACCAGGGAGCAUUUGGGUGUUUGGAGGAGCUGAACAGGCAGAAAAUCAAAAUAAUGUUCAAGUAUUAAACCCAGGUAGUCAUUCUUGGAAAAGCCCAAAGGUGCAAGGCUGUAUUCCUUCACCUCGGACCUUCCAUACAACAUCUGCUUCAAUUGGAGACAAACUCUUUGUUUUUGGAGGAGGGGAGAAAGGUGCAGAACCUGUUGCUGAUAAAAACCUCUAUGUGUUUGAUGCUGCUAACCUGACAUGGACAUUACUUGACACAUCUGGUGCUCCACCAAAGCCACGUCAUGGUCACACCAUGGUUGCUGUCGGAAACAAAUUGUUUGUUCAUGGCGGGAUGGCAGGCAGAUCCUUUUAUAGGGACUUGUUUUGCUUUGACACAGAUACAAUGAUGUGGGAAGAAGUUCAGGUAAAGGGAGAUGUACCUCAUCCCUGUGCUGCUCACUCUGCACUAUCCUGGGAAAAAUGUAUUUACAUCUUUGGUGGAAUGACUGAAACUGGAGCUGUAAGUACUAUGCAUCGAUAUGACACAGGAAACCAUACCUGGACACAGAUCAGAUUUGAUUCUCCAAGUCCUGCAGCACGACUAGAUCAUUCAAUGUGUCUCCUUCCAUGGAAAAUAGGGAUGGAACUCUCAAAACCGGACAGCGAACUAGAUAAUGUUACAGAGAAGAGAGAGAAUGAUCCUUGCGCUCCAAAUACCGAUAAUGAGUCAGAGAAAUUUGGUCAAGUAACCCUUUGCCUAAUCUUUGGUGGCAUGGAUACCAACGGAGAACUGUACAAUGACUGCAGUGUAAUUGCGCUUACAAAAUAA